UCGAACUUUGUAUGCUUGUCCACCUAAUUGGUUGGCUGGAGAGGUUUUUGCGCAUGCUCUGAAAUGUUUUCUGGGAUGAUUGGUGCAGUAGAAGGAGCCGAUGUUCCGAUUGGCUUCUCUGGAGAAGGACGGAGACCGUGCUGAACUUUUCGAAUUUUAGGGAGAGGUUUGCGGUUGCUGGGAUGUCUGAUGUUCCUAGAAGCUUCAUCUCAUUGCUGACAUGUCCUUCCCUAAGGCUCCACUCAAACGCUUCAAUGACCCGUCGGGCUGUGCACCAUCUCCAGGAGCUUAUGAUGUCAAAACUUCAGAAAUACCAAAAGGACCUGUAUCAUUUGAGAAAUCACAACGAUUUAAACGGCAUCAGGCAGCUUCUAUGGAAAAUCAACAAGGUCUUGAUUAUGACAAAGAUAAGCCUAUUUCCACAACUGCAAAAAAUCUGAAACCUUUGAGAUUAAAGACAAAAUCUCAAAGGGAUAUUAAAGAGCUGAAAAAGCUAAAGAUGCAAGAGAAAGAGAUACGUGCCCUGGUGCAUGAACGUGGAAUACAAGAUAAACAUCUUCAAGAUCUAGAAGCAGAGUUUGAGAAGAUGGAAGCAAAGCUAAAUAUAGCUGUCAGAGAGAAAACAUCUCUCUCAGCAAAUAUUGCAUCUUUGGAAAAGCAGCUUAUUGAAUUAACUAAAGCUAAUGAACUAUUAAAAAUAAAGUUUUCUGAAGAUGGUAACCAGAAGAAAAUGAGUCAUCUAAGUUUAGAAUUAAUGAAACUGAAGAAUAAGAUUGAAACAAAGAAGAAGAAUGUUGCUGAUAAACAAGAAGGGAUGGAAAUCAAAUUACCUGCAGGACAAAACAAUCUUCAUGAUUCUCAAGGAAACUUGGCACAGCUUGAAGAAAAACUGGUUACUAUAGAAAAAGAAAAGACUGAAGAAAAAUUAGAAAUUGAAAAUUUCUUUGAAUAUAUUACAGAAGUAAGCUCUACAUCAGAUCAAUUGGAGAAAUAUAAGUUGGAUAUUGUCCAAUUAGAAGAGACCUUGAAUCAGAAGAAUCAAGAGAUUUUGAUCCUUAAGCAGUCUUUGGAUGAAAAUGUGGAUGUGUUAUCUAAAAAAAUUAAAGACCUGAACACUAGAUGUCAGAUGCUUGAAAAACAAAAAGAGCAACUUAUCAGGCAAGACAAAGAACAGGAAGAAAAUCUCAAUGCUGAGAUACUAAGCUUGAAAGAAAGAUUAACUCUAGAAAAACAAGAAAAUGAAAAGCUAGGACAAAGACAGACAGAAAUUGAUUUACGUCUGCAACAAGAGCAGGAAUUGUCUUCUAGUCUUAAACAAAGGCUUUGUUUAUUCCAAGAAGAGUUAAUUAAUGAGAAAAAUCUUUUUCAAGAAGAAUUAAAAGAAGCAUUCAGUGAGCUAGAUAAAUUGGAACAAAAGGAUGAGCAGGCUAAAAUGCUCGUGAAGCAGUUGGAACAAGAGAACGCAUCCAGAACUACAGAGCUCCAACUCUUAGAAGAAAAGAUUAAAGGAAAACAGGAUGAAAUCGAGAAAAGCAAUGAAGCCUCUCUGCACUGGCAGAAAAAGUACAACGAUACAUUACAAAAUCUUAAAGAAGUCAUUGCUGAAUUUGAAAGCCAUAAAGGAUCAGUGGCUGAAGAGAUGGAAAAUCUUAGGUAUAAGAAUUCAUCACUACAGAAAAAGACUUCUGAGGCAGAAAAAUCAGUUGAACUUAUGCAGCAGCAAAUGUUGGAGGUUCAGCAUUCUAAAAAUAAAAAGGAUGAAGAACAUGCAAGGAUGCUUCUAGAUAUGCAGAGUAAACUGGCACUUAAAGAAGAAGAAAUAAAAACAACAACAGCUUCUUUUCUAGAACAGAUAUCCAAUUUACAGAAUAAACUCAAGCAACAAAGUGAAGAUUUUAAGAAACAUCUUGAGAUGGAAGAAACAAGCAAAACUGGAGAAAAAACUAUGGAAUUAAUGGAAGAAGUGAAAAAAUGGCAUCUUCUUUACGAAGAACUUUAUAACAAGACAAAACCUUUUCAGCAACAAUUGGAUGCAUUUGAAGCAGAGAAGAGAGCUUUAUUGACUGAACAUGGUGCUACCCAGGAAGAACUGAAUAAACUAAGUGAAUCAUAUGCUAAAUUAUUGGGACAUCAGAAUCAAAAGCAAAAAAUCAGACAUGUCAUGAAAUUAAAGGAAGAAAAUAACCAACUCAAACUGGAGAUUUCUAAACUCCGUUCUCAGCUGACUAAGGAAAAACAAAUUGGGAAAAAGCUUCAGGAACAAGUGAAUGAAAUAAAAGGUUUCAAACGUUUUGAUCCUGCUAAAGCUUUUCAGCAUGAGAGUAAAGAAAAUUGUACUCCCAAAAUGCCUUUGAAAGAAGGUAACAGAAAAUGCUAUUGAGAGCCUAUGGAGUUUCUAGAAUCAUGUGAGAAGACAUCACAGAUAAUCUAUAAGGACUAUUUAUAAUAUGCUGGGUUUGGGAACACUCAAAUUUUUGAGAUUUUAAUAAUGCUAAAAAUUUUAAUAAUUCACUCUUUUAGCUAUAUGAAAAGUAUACAGUAUUCCAUCAACAUUGAUUCUUCAUAUUCAAGGGCAAUGUCCCAUUUUAGUUUUCUUAAACCUUUCCAUUUUUCUUUCCAUUCAUAUUAUCGCCACUGUAAUGUGUACCUGUAUAACUAGUCUCCAUGCUUCAGUCUCUUUUCUCUAUUUCAAUUUUUUUCUGUAUAUUUCUAUUGGAUUAGUCUUCCUUUAAAGAAAAAUAAUGGUGGUAUGUAUUUUCCCCACAAAAUUUAUUGCAUUGUUAUUGCACGAUUAUCAGCAGCCAAAGAGACACAAUAUUACAAUAGUCAACUUAAUAUCUUGUUUGAUUAUAUUUAGGUGAAAUACUAAAUUAGUUGCAGCAUUUUGAAUGAAGGCUAUGUAUAUGUUUAAGAAUUUUUAAAAUAAGGACACAUAAAUCAUUUUACUUACCCCUACAUUUGUAGCAAGUGGAUCUCCCAAUGUGUGACUAUUUGAUAAAUAGUAUCUUUUCCCAAGAGGAAGAAAAAGGUGAAAGUCCAUUUGAAAGACCCAUCCAAAAGUGAUUUAUUAGAGGAUAUUCUUUCUAGAUAUCUAGAUAGAGAUUGGUGGUGGGUGUUAUGGUCAUCUAAUUCUGUGUUCACACAUGAUAACAUGGCAGCUCUUAUGUAAGGUAUUUUAGUUUUCCCUUUUAUAUAUAUAUAUAUUAAAAAAAAAAAAUCCCCUCUCUCUGAUGUGUGUAAAAGAUGCUUUCCCCUUGAGGAAAGAUAGGGAGGGUAGUCCAGAAUUGAUUAGGAGCAAGAUAUUAUCUGUUAUCUUCCAGAUCUAUGCUUUGGGAUCUUUGAGUACAACAAUUGAGAAGCAUGGAGGUAAAAGAUUUGCAUGCUUCCUUUUUUCCUUAAGGUUGGCUAACAAAACAUGGACAAUUUUAUGUAAUGUCCCUGGCUAUAGGGCCAUUUUGGCCCAGGAGGCUGUUCUUCUAUGAAGUUGUCAUUAAGGAAACCUAGGGCAAGUGCCAGUUUGAAUGCCUAAGUAGGAAAGAAAGAAUUAAAACUAUUUAGAUGUUCUAUCAAUAUAUGCAUAUCUUUUCUAGGAGUCUGCCCCUUUUUAUCUGUGUCAGAAGAAUGGUCUUGGGCUAUUCUUCCAUUUAGAAUCUGAGACAUCUGAUUAAGAUACUUUUAUCUCUUAGUAAUCUACAUAUGAAUUUUAAUUCUAGUUCUAAAAGAAAUAGAAGAAAAAAUAAUAUUCUAGGAUUCUGGUGGGGGGGAAGGGGAGAGAGAGAGAUAGUAGGAAGGGAAGAAGCUGUUAUUUAAGUAGCUAUGCUUAAAGUCGUGUAUAUGUAUAUUUUUUUUCUAGCAAGAAAUAUCAAUUCAUUUGCAUUUCCCUUAAGAAGGAUGGCACUUGCAGUACUUCUAAAAAAUAUAACUUUAUUAAGUACUUCUGUAUAACGAAUGUCAAGUAAACCACAAAUUCUAUGCUAUGAAGUGGGCAGUGAUAACAGAUUAUCAUUGUGAUAGAGAUUAUCAUUAGGGAUAAAUUUGCUAAUGUGGAUUUAUUUUCAUUAAAAAGACUAAAAUCUUAAAAUGUGAUUGUGUACAAAGUAUCUAGCCUUAAAGUACUUUAAUUACAAAAUAAAAAUUACCUUAACCUUGUAAUUAUUAAAAGAUUUUUGAGGCUUCCUUUUUUGUCUUGAAGCAGGCUUUUCAAAAGAUUUUAAAAUUAAUCAAUAAAUAGAAAUUACUUCCCCAUCAAUUUGUUAUUUUGUAAAUCAACUUCUACUUUGAUUUUCUUUUGUACAUGUACUUUUAAAGUAUGUGUUUAAUUGUCAGUUUGGUUAAUCCAUCUUCGUUUGAAUAUGAAACAAUGGCUAUUUUAUGCAUUAAAGAAGCAACUAUUAAGUGCAUUGUAUUAUAUUACUUUAUGGAAAGAUCAAUCAAUACAAUUCUCAUGCAUUUGACAAGUAUGCUAUCAAGGUUCACAAUUUACAUUCAUAUCCAAGUUGAAACAAAUGGUAAACGCUUCCAGAUCUGGUGUUAGUAAACAGAAGUUGUACAUUUCAGGUAUCUGCACUGCCUGCUUAGUUCAUCCCUAUAUCAUUUUUUUUCUCUUUUUAAAGUAAAGUGUAUACGAAUAGAUUUUUCAAACUGGCAAAAUGCAUUAAAUAAGGUAAUUUAUUUUUUGAGUUUCAAAGAAGUGUUUUAUAUUCCAUUGUGUAGAAGAAUUUUAUUUGCUUUUAAUCAUGAAAUCUAAAUGACUUUAAGGACCUGCUAUUUUAUUUUAUAGCCCUAUUUAUAAGAACACAAUAUAAUAAAAGACGUCUUCUUGUAUAAUACAGAGAAAUAAAAAAGUUAUAGGAAAAAAAUCUGAUUUUUUUUUUUUUUUUACACUUUGAUCUUUUAAUUCCUCUAUCACCAGAUAUCUGUGUUAGCUAUUCACAAAUAGGUUUGUUUUGAUCCUUCACUUUAUUGUAGCUGUUGAAUAAUGUCAGAUUUCCUUUGGAUGUCAUAAAGAACAUUUUUUAGUUUUAGUAAACUUUUUCAUUUUUGAUAUUUUGCUAUUCUACUAUUAUAAUGAAUGUAAGAAAAACUAAGAACUUCACUGACUCACUGAUGAAUGCUGGAAAGAUUUUUUAUUUUACAUUUUUGCAAGAACUGGUGCCUAGUCUAAGUAGGCACAUUUUUUAAAAUACAAAGAAAAUCUUUGAUUUCCUAUCCUAAAGUACUAGUCUCUUCUCUGAGUUCCUAUUAAUUGGGUAUAAACAGAAGUUAAAACUUCUCAUUAUAUAAGAUACUUCCUGCCCUCAAGGGGCUUAUAUUAUUUUGGGGAAAAGAUAACCAGAGUAGAGUCUUGUAAGUUCCUUUAAAAAAAAAAUAGCUUUUUUAUUUUCAAAAUAUAUGGAGGUUGUUUUCAACAUUAACCCUUGGAAAACCUUGUGUUUCACAUUUUUCUCGCUCCCUUCUCCUCAUUCCCUCCGCAGACAGCAAGUAAUCCAAUAUAUGUUAAACAUGUAAAAUUCUUUUACAUAUUUCCACAUUUGUCAUGCACAAUAAAUAGCAGAUCAAAAAAAAGAGAGAGAAAGGAAAAAAAAUUGAUUUUUUUUUUUUGUUGUUGUUGUUGUGAUCCUCAUUCAGUCCCCACAGUCCUCUCUCUGAGUGCAAAUGGCUCUCUCCAUCACAAGUCUAUUGGAAGUGGCCUGAAUCACCUCAUUGUUGAAAAGAACCACAUCCAUUAGAGUUGAUCAUCACAUAAUCUUGUUAGCAUCAGUUCAUGUAAGUCUCUGCAGGCCUCUCUGAAAUCAUCUUUCUCAUGGUUUCUUAUAGAACAAUAAUAUUCCAUAACAUUCAUAUACCAUAACUUAUUCAGCCAUUUCCCAACUGGUGGGCAUCCACUAAGUUUCCUUGCCACUACAAAAAAGGGCUACUCAAAAAUUUUUCACAUGUGGGUCCUUUUUCCUUUUUUAAUGAUCUCUUUGGAAUACAGACCGUAGAGAUACUGCUAGUAUCAAAGCACAGUUUGAUAGCUCUGUGGCUAGCCACAGUUCCAAAUUGCUGUCCAGAAUGAUUGGAUCAGUUCAUAACUCCACCAACAAAGCAUUAGUGUCCCAAUUUUCCCACAUCCCCUCCAAUAUUUUUCCUUAUCUUUUCCUGUCAUCUUAGCCAAUCUGAGAGGCAUAUAGUGGUCCUUUUCAAAUCUAAAACUUACACCCCUGAUUAUUAAAGCCAGUCCCUGCCCUAAAAUAGCUUUCUUUCUUUUUGGUGGAAGAUGACUCUUCUAAAAACCAGAGAAGGGAAAAGGAACAAAGUCCAGAAGAUUCCUUUUCAAAUCUAAAACCUAUACCCCCAUUACGUGCUUUGAUUUUCUCUUGAGUCCCAGCCUCCCAUUCCUUAGAUUUCAAUUUUUGAAGUUUUAUUUAUCCAAUUCAAUUUUUCAUAACUCUGAAAAGUAAAUCACCAUCCAAUUCUCACAUAAAGAUCCUUAGAAAUGUAAUGCCAAAGAAACUGAGGCAAGAUAGAGAUUGAUUUUUAAUAUUUUGAGAGGGAUAUUGUGCUAGGGGCAUGUUGUCCCCAGGGCUAAUAUCUCAAACCAUCCAGCAGGGAAUGUGAGUAUCCCAUGAAAUUUAUACAUAUACACAGCUCUUAAGCUAUUAGGGUAGAAUCCAAGGCAAGGGGUCCAAACUCUGGUGAGCAGGAAUCUCCAAGAAGGGAUCAUCAACCUGGUUCUGACAGGUUGGGGGCAGAACCAUAAAUUCUUACAAAUUGGGAGUAAAGGCAAUAGUCAAACUACAGCCAGGAAGUCUGAAGAGAGGUAGACAAUGUCAACUAGGUAUCUGGGUUAGGACAUCUGGAGUUUUAUCUUUUGGAAUGCCAGAGUGGCCACAACCCUAAUGAGCAAGAGGAGGUGUUGCAACCAAGGGGAUUUAGGCAGAACAGUUCAGGGAAACUGAGGCAGAACAAUAAAAGGGAACUGUGGCACAACAGAUAUUUAAAUUUUAGAAUAGGGAACUAAUUCAUUUUAUAUAGUGGUUGGUCCACAUUUACAUAACCAUUUAAUUGGAUUGUUACAAAUGUUGAUGACUACAAUUAAGGGUUAAAAUUAUUUUUUAUUCUAACUUUGUUUUCCUUUUUCCUCUUCAUGUAUUUUAAUCUAAAUCUGUCAAAUAAGUAUCUUUUUAAGAAAGUCAUUGGAAAAGGAGGGAUAACAAAUAUGAUUGGCAAAAUUCAUCUGUUUUUUAUGCCUUGUGUUUCUCUAUCAUGCAAAAUUGUCAUCAUAUAAUGCUUAGUUAUGGUGGAUCCACAUGUAUUUAACUUAGCUUUAUGGACAAAAUAAAAAUUCACAGGAAUUUUAUGAUUCUUCACCCUCCUCCCUCUGCCCUUUUAGGAACCUACUACCCUCUGUUUUGAGACUAUAUGACACUUUGUAUUUUGAAUUGAUAAUAUGUGGGUAUGUGACUUAAAUGGCAUUUAAAUUAUGAUUGAUUUUUUAAAAUUAUGAGCCAAAUAAAUAUGUCUUUGGAUUAAA